AUGGAGGUAAUCGACGUAGAAUCUACCUCCACUGCUGAAGCAGUUCUUGAGGCUGUCAAAAGCGCCAUAUUGGCCGCCAGCAAGGUAGACACCGCGAUUGAGACUGCCACCAGCCAGAUAUCUGUUACCUCCAUUUGGAGGCUGAAGAACGGGCAACAGGUAGCUACGGUCAGCGAACCCAGAGUUGCUAAACCUACAGAGGUCACUCGCGUCAGGGUCGGCUGGACCAGCUGCCGAUUCAGACUACGCCGUCCUGACGCCACCAGGUGCUAUAAAUGUCACGGUUUCGGCCAUUCCCAAAGCACCUGCACGGGUCCCGACCUUAGGGACUCCUGUCGCAAAUGUGGGGAGAAGUCUCACAACGAAAAGGACUGCACUCGCGACUCCAAAUGCGUAGCCUGUGACCGCGCUGGCCUGAAUUCGGGCCCCCACAGACCUGGUUCGGCCGCCUGCGGAGCUAGGUGUACUGCUGGAUCCUGGCGCUCCGGCAACCGCCAAUAUGAUUAG